CUGUUAUGAUGAUGAUUCCUGAGGCUUGGCAAAAUAAUUUUGCUAUGGAGCCUGAAAAACGCGCUUUUUACCAAUGGGCUGCUUGUCUUAUGGAACCUUGGGAUGGCCCUGCUUUAUUUACUUUCUCUGAUGGUCGUUAUUGUGGUGCUAGUUUGGAUCGUAAUGGUCUUCGUCCUUGUCGUUUUUAUAUUACCACUGAUGAUUUAAUGAUUUGUGCUUCGGAAGUCGGUACCAUUUGUAUUGAACCUGAACGAAUUGUUAAAAAAGGUCGUUUACAACCUGGAAAAAUGUUAUUAGUUGAUACCGAAGAAGGCCGUGUUGUAGACGAUAAAGAAUUAAAAAUGUCCGUAGCUUCGAAGGCAAAUUUCCGUUCCUGGAUUGAUAAAUAUAUGAUUACUCUUGAUCAUGUAAUUGAAAAAAUAAAAGCUUCUGGUAAUGGAAUUUCCGUUGAAUUAGACGAUAUACCUGUGUCUGAGGAUCCAAGACUACUCGCUUUCGGUUAUACCAUCGAACAAUUAAAUCUUUUGUUAACUGAUGGUAAAGAAGCACUAGGUUCUAUGGGCAAUGAUUCACCUUUGGCUUGUCUAUCUGACCAACCGCGGUUAAUUUAUGACUAUUUUCGUCAAUUAUUCGCUCAAGUAACAAAUCCACCAAUAGAUCCUAUUCGUGAAGAGAUUGUUAUGUCUCUUGAGUGUUAUGUUGGUCCAGAAGGCAACAUUUUAGAAAUUAAUGAACAUCAAACUUGUCGACUUGCUUUAUCAUCCCCUGUACUUUCAAUCGAUCAAUUAAAUGCAAUCAAACGUAUGGAUCGAGUUCAACCGGACUGGACUGUUACUACAAUUGAUAUUACUUUCCCAAAACAAGAAGGUAUCCCUGGUUAUCUUCUUGCUUUGGAACGCGUUUGUUCCGAAGUUUCUCAAGCUAUUACAGAAGGAUUCAAAGUUGUCAUUCUUUCCGAUGCUGCCGUAAAUGCCGAACGUGUCGCAAUAUCUUCAUUAAUUGCCGUUGGUGGUGUUCAUCAUCAUCUUGUUAGAAUUAGGCAACGUUCAAAGAUUGCCCUCAUUGUUGAAACUGCUGAAGCACGUGAAGUCCAUCACAUUUGCGUCUUAUUAGGUUAUGGUGCUGAUGCUAUUUGUCCUUAUCUUGUCAUGGAAGCGAUUCUAAAACUUAAACGCGAAAAUGCUAUCAAAGGUGAUCUGCCUUCAGAAAAAAUUAUUAAUAAUUAUAAGAAGGCUGUAAACAAUGGUGUUCUCAAAGUAAUGUCAAAAAUGGGCAUAUCAACUUUGCAAAGUUAUAAGGGUGCUCAAAUUUUUGAAGCACUCGGUCUAGACGAAAGUGUAAUUGCCCGUUACCCUUCACGUGAUACAAUUAUCCCUCCAGGUCUACCAGAGUCUGGUGAAUAUCAUUGGAGAGAUGGUGGUGAGCCACAUAUAAAUGAUCCGGUUGGUAUCGCUAAUCUUCAAGAUGCAGUACGUUCAAAAAAUAAAUCAGCUUAUGAUGCUUAUGCACGUAACGCUUACGAACAAAUAAAAAAUUGUACUUUACGUGGACUUUUGGACUUUGAUUUUGAUAAUUCAAAAGCAAUUCCAUUAGAUCAAGUUGAACCUUGGACUGAAAUUGUUAAAAGGUUUUGUACUGGUGCCAUGUCUUAUGGUUCAAUAUCAAAAGAAGCUCAUUCUACUUUAGCUUUAGCAAUGAAUAGUCUGGGUGGUAAAUCAAAUACCGGUGAAGGUGGUGAAGAUCCUGAACGUUCUAUUCCUUUACCAAACGGUACUUCUUUCCGUUCUGCGAUUAAACAAGUCGCUUCUGGACGUUUCGGUGUCACUUCCUAUUACCUUUCUGAUUCUGAUGAAUUACAAAUUAAAAUGGCUCAAGGUGCAAAACCCGGUGAAG